CUCAGUCACCGCCAGGCCAGGACUGUAAUGACGCCUAUCCUCCAAGGCAAAGGCCGCCCAUUGGCUGGGACAAGACUUGACUCAUUCCAGGAAGCCGCAGCCAGACAGCAAGUCAGACUCAGGUGUCUACCCAGCCAAGCAGCACGUAACAGUGGAACGGACAGAGACAGUGGUCUGCAACAUCUCUCUGCUGCUGGCAGCAUGGUGCUCAGGAUGGAGAACGUGCCCAGCGACCUGACCCCUGAGGAGUGUCAAGAACUUGAGAACAUCCGCCGACGCAAGCAGGAGCUGCUGGCAGAUAUACAGCGUCUGAAAGAUGAGAUAGCAGAGGUCACUAAUGAAAUCGAGAACCUGGGCUCUACAGAAGAGAGGAAAACCAUGCAGAGGAACAAGCAGGUGGCGAUGGGCAGGAAGAAGUUCAACAUGGACCCUAAGAAGGGAAUCCAGUUCCUGAUAGAGAACGACCUCUUGAAGAACACCCGCGAUGACAUUGCCCAGUUCCUCUACAAAGGGGAAGGGCUCAACAAGACAGCCAUUGGCGACUACUUGGGUGAAAGAGAUGAUUUCAAUAUCCAGGUGUUGCACUCAUUCGUGGAGCUGCAUGAGUUUACAGACCUCAACCUUGUCCAGGCACUGCGGCAGUUCCUUUGGAGCUUCCGGUUGCCGGGCGAAGCACAAAAGAUUGAUCGGAUGAUGGAAGCCUUUGCACAACGGUACUGUCAAUGCAACCCCGGUGUCUUCCAGUCAACAGAUACCUGUUAUGUGCUCUCGUUUGCCAUCAUCAUGCUCAACACCAGUCUUCAUAAUCCCAACGUUAAGGACAAGCCGACAGUGGAGCGCUUCAUUGCCAUGAAUCGUGGCAUCAAUGAUGGCGGGGACCUGCCCGAGGAGCUACUUAGGAAUCUGUACGACAGCAUUAAAAACGAGCCCUUCAAAAUUCCCGAGGAUGAUGGCAAUGACCUGACGCACACUUUCUUCAACCCAGACCGUGAAGGCUGGCUUCUGAAGCUCGGUGGCCGGGUGAAGACGUGGAAACGGCGCUGGUUCAUCUUGACGGACAACUGCCUUUACUACUUUGAGUACACCACGGACAAGGAGCCACGAGGCAUCAUUCCCUUGGAGAAUCUGAGUAUCCGUGAGGUUGAAGAUUCCAAGAAGCCCAACUGCUUCGAGCUAUAUAUCCCUGACAACAAGGACCAGGUGAUCAAGGCUUGCAAGACUGAGGCAGACGGGCGUGUGGUGGAAGGGAAUCACACUGUGUACCGCAUCUCUGCACCCACCCCAGAGGAGAAGGAAGAGUGGAUGAAAUGCAUCAAAGCUGCAAUUAGCCGGGAUCCAUUCUACGAGAUGCUUGCUGCACGCAAGAAGAAGGUCUCCUCCACCAAGAGACAUUAGCCACAUGGCUUUGUUGAGUAGCAGUGACAUUGGCAGCUGUUGCCUCUCCGUCUCCUGGCGCAGAGGAAGAGGAGCGAGACGACACAGACCCGCCUGCUCUGCAUUAUGACCCCAAGGGGGACUAGCUUCAGCUUUUGCUAUUCUUUUCUGGUUUGGGGGCAGGAAGAGUUCUGGGGGGUAGGCUAUGUUGAUGGCAACCACCAGCUCUCACUGACUUAUUUAAAUUGCAAGAAUGCCACCUCCCUGCCAGCCCCUCAGCUGAGCAGCUUGAAGCCCAAGUGGCAGGAAGAGAAGAAUUAUUGGGGUCUUUUCUGCUACCACGGCUUACUUGUUCAUUGCCUGUGCCGAUGGUGAGGCAGACCUAUUCAAGCUGCCAGCAAGAAGUGUCGGCUGUACCAGGCUUUAGGCCUAAUACUCUCUGAGACCCUGAAUCAGGAAUGGACCACGAACUGCCAAAGGCAUAGAUCAGUCUGCAGCAGAGGUUGGGGGCAUGGCUCUCUAGCAUUGAAGCAGAGAGAUCCCUGUGGCCCUCUGCAUCACCAUGUUGCUCCCUGUUCUUUGGUCAGGUAAGCCCAACGGCUUCUUUCCCCCAAAGCAGUUGAGCUGUAUGCUCUUUUAUGUUUAGUUUCCAGGGUUCUCUGUCGCAAGGAGUUUUAUUAACCAUGUUGAGUAAUAAGCAACCAAGAAUGUCAGUCCCAACUGCUGGCAUGAUGAAUAGCAAGGGCUGCCACCUCCAGGAUUUCCCCUGCCCUCGUUCUAGAGGGCACUGACUUAGGCUGCCUCGUAUGUGAAGCAGGAAUGAGGCCAGCAGAGGGAUCACUCAAGCAACCUUGCCAAGAUGAGAAGGCGGUGCUCUUGUGAUCUAGCGGCAUGCAUGUGGUUGUGGGUUGGCAGGAGGCGUAACCUUCAUGGAUGCUUUACAGGGAGGCUUUUCACCCCUUUGCCAGUGGCUUCUGGGAACCAUCUCGCCCAGCAACUGGACACAAAAAUUUAUCCCUGCAGCUAUAAUUUCCUCCAUUUUUGUUUGUUUGUUUGACAUUGCAAUCGGGAGCAGACAUGGCUGAAGAAAAAAGACCUGCACCAUUCCCUGCUACCCUGAAGAAAGAAGUUGAAACAGGCUGGCUCUGGAUUCUUUGACAUGGGCUAUCUUCUUACAGUUGCACUUUUCAGUAGAGGGAGUGGAUGGAUUGGGAUGAAGGCUGUGGGGGCACUUUUUGGCUCUGAAGCACAAGCAGAUGAUUGGUUGCUGGGGAACCAUUGGAAGCCCAGGGUGGGUGGGGUAUGAGAUGAUGGCUUAUGCCUGGAGCACUGAGCUGGGGUAGGCCAUAAGAAGACGGUUUUCCCCAACUGUUGAUUUCUUUAUGCGCCUUGGAAAAGCUUCAGUUCCCCCCCCCCCAGCUCAGUAUUAAUCUAUUUAUCGGAGAUGUACAUACUCUCUGUGUAGAUUUUUCUCCUUUUAGAUUAUUUUGUAUUUGUUUUUAAAUAAGAGGAUUGUUUUCUGUGAAACAUAGCAGAAUUCUUAAAAAUUGCUGUGGCACAAGGGGGGGGGGGCGGGAAGCGAGGAAGGUGGAAGUUACUCCUGGUCAAAGAGUUUGGUUACAGUUUUUUGUGUUGAAUCCUUUUCCACCCCCAUUGUUGGGUUUUUGUUGCCACAACCUUGUGAUGUAGCACAGAGCAACUGCAGCAAAUAAAUGUUGAUCUCACACUUG